AUGGUAGAUAUUGGUGCAAAGCUCAGAACUUCUUUGGUGGAAGAAUACGCCAAUGAAAGGAAGCCGACCGACUGUGAAAUCUAUCGCAAAAUUCGACAAUACGAGGGCGACUGCGAUGAAACCUUCAGGGAGCGAUGGUUUAUACGUCUAUCGCGCAGCAACCAGGAGCGUUUGGAUCAGUUGGGCAAUAAGAAAAACCGCCGCGUUCGAGGUGCCUUUGACAGGCUGCUAACGAUUCCUGGACUUUGGCCGGGCGGGAUGAGGAUCAGUGUAGUUCACAGACUGAUAGCCUGUGGAUGGACUAACUCGAUGCGGGAUACAGAAAUUGAAAACACAUGA